UAGAGUCACUGCGAGCCAGACUCUCCGCGGGCAAAAAAUGCAUAAUUAUAACGACGUUCGUUAUUCAGCCGUCAAUAUGCUGGUUCACAGGACGUGUGUGGGUGAUUCCCUGACAAAUUUGCCUUCAUGUACCGGUACAAAAGCCCUUGAAGAUUUUAUUUUGUGCGCCGGUGUUGCGCUCUGAAACAGCAUGUUUACUUAUGGUCUUAAAACUCACCGAUCCGUGCUGUGUGUUGUAUUGGGACGGAGGCUAUUAAUGUGCAGUACACGACUCUGAAGACAUUGCCACGACAAGCAAGGAGAACACACACUGAACUGCCUAGCAAGGACACAACGAAAUUAAAAUAAAAAAUCUGCGCCAGGAGAGUUGUGAGGCAACGGCAAGUUUUUUUGCGUACUCCAGUGCCAAAUAGUAAGAUGGCGAACAAUUGCAUCGAAAAAGUCAUCAAGUCAUUCUUCUACUAUUACGGGGGUUUCAUCGCCCGACACCCGUAUCCCUUUCUUGUCCUUCCGCUACUGUUGACCGGCGCACUGGGUGCCGGGAUGAUGUUCCUGGCGGAGGAAAACGACAUAGAGAAUCUGUACACUCCGGAAAAUGGGCAAGCGAAGACGGACAGGAACACAGUGGAAACACUGUUCGCCGAACACGGUGACAACGACACGUUGGUGUCACAUCUGUCGAGACUGCCUCGGGAAGGGAGUGUGACCAUACGGCAGAAGGAUGGCCAGAAUAUCCUGACACAAGCUGCCAUGGAGGACAUCUUCAAUCUACACGAGCAGAUCAUGAACAUUACCAUCCAACACGACAAGCAGGAAUACAAAUUCACCGAUCUCUGCAUCAAAUGGGACGGCGUUUGUAACGAGAACCCCAUACUAGCCGUAUAUGAUUACAACUCCUCCAAUGUGCCGUUAAUCUCUCUCAAGUUUCCCCUCUACACACCAGCCGGCAAAACCGUUUCUUAUUUUCUUGGCGGAGGACUAGGACGAGUAACAUUCAAAUCAGGCUCUCAAGAUGAGGUACUCUCUGCCGAUGUAAUUAUGUUGUCCUACUUCUUACGGUUCAAAGACAGCACCGAGGACCAGCGAAGCGCCCUAUGGGAGGAAAAGUUUUUAGAAGUCAUGGAGGCAUUCACCUCUUCCGUCGUCAGCGUUACUCGGGAGGUGUCCACCUCCAUCGAGACGGAGCUUGACAACGCCAGCUCCGGAGUGGUGAAGGACUUCGCCGUAACAUUCACUAUCCUGAUUGCUUUCAGCGUCUGUUCCUGCGUGAUGAUGGACUGGGUGCGAAGCAAGCCCUUACUGGCCAACUUUGGGGUGGUAUCCGCCGGCCUGGCUGUGCUGUCAACGUUUGGUCUCAUGAGCUAUGUCGGCAUUCCUUACAUCAAUGUUGUCGGCUCCUCACCAUUUCUCAUCCUCGGUAUUGGACUAGAUGACAUGUUCAUCAUGUUGGCUGCCUGGCGACAGACUGAUACCCGAUGGCCAGUGGAAAAACGCAUGCGCCAUGCCUUCUCUGAAGCUGCCAUGUCUAUAACCAUCACGUCCAUUACAGACGCUCUGGCCUUUGGAAUUGGCGCCAUCACGUUCUUCAGAUCCGUCCGCAUAUUCUGCAUGUACACGGGCAUAGCUGUCAUCUUUGACUACGCUUAUCAGAUCACUUUCUUUGGCGCCUGCAUGGUGCUGACCGGCCAACGCGAGGCAGCUAACCGGCAUUGUAUGUCGUGUAUCAAAGUCAAACCCAAAAGUGAAUCAAAAUCCACAGCCUACACUGUAUUCUGCGCUGGUGGUUCCUCCCAGCAAGCUUCUGACAGGGACGAAGGUGAUACCAAUGACCAUGCCCUCAUGCUUUUCUUCAAGAAUUACUACGGUCCCUUCAUCACACAUUGGUGGAUGGUGAUCCUGACAGUAGUGCUGUUUCUAGCCUAUCUGGGCGGCGCCAUCUACGGAUGCAUCCAUGUCCGCGAAGGGCUCAACCUUCGUAACCUCGCUCGGGAUAGCUCCUACGUAGCCGCUCAUUUAGAAGCUGAAAACACCUAUUUUACGGAGUACGGCCCACCUAUCGCAUUAGUGUUCACGGAGCCAAGAGACUUUUGGAAUCCGCUCAUACAAGACUUCAUGGAGGAGACUUUAACAAAGAUUGAGGCAAGCGAGUACACGUUCGGAAAAGAUCAGAACCUGACCGUGUCCUGGCUGCGAGACUAUCUAAACUUCCUAGACUCCAUCCACCUCAGUAACCCCACCAGGUCCCAAUUCAUGGACGUCCUACGCAAUACGUUCCUGCAAAUCCCAGCGUUCCGACGGUACGCGCUGGAUAUAGCCUUCAGUGACGACAACCAGACCAUUCUGGCGUCGCGCUUCUUUGUUGCUUCAAAAGACCUGGACUCUGAGGACAGGAAGAGGUACAUGAUGACCGAUCUGAGGCGCAUAGCGGAAGAGGCUGAACUACCAGCCAUUGUUUAUCACCCGCUCUUCAUCUUUUACGAUCAGUACCUGCAAAUCCUGCCCAAUACGUUCCAGAAUAUAGGCAUCGCAGUAGGGGCCAUGCUCAUCGUAGCUGUGCUGAUGAUACCCCAUCCAGUCUGCUCCCUCUUGGUCACUCUUUCUAUUGCCUCAAUUGUCACAGGGGUGAUUGGACUCAUGACUUUGUGGCAGGUCAACCUCGAUUCUAUCGCCAUGACUAACAUUAUCAUCUGCAUAGGUUUCAGUGUGGACUACUCCGCUCAUGUCAGCUACGCUUACACGUCAGCCGACACUAGCUCCCGCCGCGAGAGCGUCAUCCGUGCACUAUACUCUCUGGGCAUGCCCAUCGUGCAGGGGUCUGUCUCCACCAUACUCGGCGUGCUGGUUCUUAUCUUCACAGACUCCUACAUCUUCCGCACCUUCUUCAAGACCAUGUUCCUGGUGAUCUCCCUGGGGGCGCUGCAUGGGCUGCUCUUCAUCCCCGUGGGCUUGUUUCUUACAGUCCCCUCCAAAACUCGUAAGAAGGCUUCCUGCAAGCGCAGGAAUCGGCCAGAUUGCCCUGCCACCGACCGACCCAGAGAAAGCCAAACCAGAAGAACCGUCACUGGACCUUUGUAUUUAGGGAACAGGCAUCCCACCCGUUACCAGCGAGGAUCCGACCCGUUUAGCAUAAGUAAGAAAAUGAACAGUUUCCAACCCUCGCUCGCGAACGACAGGCAUCAAUCACGGCCAUAUCAGGAGAGUUGUUUAGGUUUGGAAAAAGCUUGACUGUAAUCAAAGGAAUUCUGUGAUCGUGAUAAUGAACAGGUUUGCUUACAAUACCCGGAAUAGAUCUUUCCCAUGAAAUAUGCAAAUACAGCAGGCGCAUGCGCGCUACUACAACUGCUUGACAAAGUUGCUUAAAGUGUAGCUGCAAUGAAUUUUUCCUCGACACAACUUUUCUGCAUCUAUGUACUUUUCUUCAGUGUAUGAAAACUCUUCCACGCUUCUAUUUGGUUACAUGCAUAGAAAAGUGCACACUUUUAAACAAUUAAAUUAUCCAUAUUUUUCCAAACAACUGAGGGUACUGUUGCUGUGAAGUCAUCUAGAGAAGACAUGGUUCAGUACAUAGUUAUUUCGGUUCAAAUUGUGAACCCACAAUUUACUAAUUAAAAGCAUUUCUGAGGAGAGAGAGAUCGAUGGUUUCUUAUUGCUGUGCACAUAAAAAACAAUGAAUCAGCAAAGAAGAGAUAACCUAGUCCAAGAAAAUCUAC